UCUAAAAAUCGAAGAUGGCAAAACAAGUGGAAUUGAUCUUCAUCUCCUCAUCUCUUGUUUGCAGCAGCAGUCCUGCUUCAUUCUCAAAAUUAGAGCUGAAUUCAUGGGAUUUACGAGCACUCAAAAUCGUCCCCAUUCAAAGAGCCCUCAUAUUUCCCAACCCUCUCGCUCAACCCAAACAGUUCCUAAUCCAAGCCCUCAAAACCUCACUCUCCCGCGCACUUCACUUUUUCCCUCCGCUCGCCGGCCGUCUCACCUCCACCGCGCACGGCGGCGACAUGGCUAGUUUUCUGCUCGAUUGCAACAACGCAGGAGCCGACUUCACUCACGCAGUCGCCUCCGCCGUCUCCAUCUCCGACAUCAUCCAUCCGACCUACAUCCCCGAAAUCGUAUCGCUCCUGUUCCCGUCCAGCGUCGCCGUCACCAAUUACGCCGGAAUCGCGAAGCCUCUGCUGGCGGUGCAAGUCACGGAGCUCGCCGACGGCAUCUUCAUCGCCUUCUCCGCUAACCACGCCGUCGUGGACGGCAAUUCCUUCUGGCAUUUCGUCAAAUCCUGGUCAGAGAUCUCUCGCGGUGCAGAAUCGAUCUCGAAAUCCCCUGUAUUCAACCUCGCCGCUGGCGAUGAUACGCUCAUCCAUCUCCCAACACUGGAGAAAAACCUAGUUUCUCCAUCUCAAUCGCCGCAGAGAGUGUUCAAUUUCAGCAGAGAAAAGCUAGAUCGGUUGAAGGAGAAGGCAAAUUCCGAAGCCGGCACAGACAAAAUAUCUACUCUGCAAGCACUCAUGGCUCAUCUAUGGCGGAGCACAGUCAGAUCUCAAAACACAAACGGAUCAAGCAGCUGCGUUUUGGUAAUCGCGAUCGGCGCGAGAGCGAGGAUGCGGUCUUCGCCGGAUGCCUACUUCGGGAACGCAUCUUACGCAGCAACGUUGGCGAUUAGCGCGAGCGAUCUAUUGGAGGGGGGAUUGGGAGGCGCCGCGGUGAAGAUCAAUGAGUUGAUUUCUGAGCAAGGCGAUGAAACGGCGAGACGCGCGGCGGAAGAGGAGGUGAGAUUUGACGAGGUAGGGCGGAAGGGGAGUGGUCCGCCGCCUCUUAUCAUAGGGAGUUCGCCGCGACAUGACGUGUACGGGUGUGAUUUUGGGUGGGGGAAGCCGGUGGGAGUGAGAAGCGGGAAAGUGCAUAAAGUAGAGGGUUUGGUGUUUGUAUUUCCGGCGGCGGAAGGCGGUGGUAUCGAUUUGGAAGUUUGUUUGGCGGAGGAGACGCUACGUGCAAUGGAGAUUGAUGCAGAGUUCGUUACAGUGUAGAUGAGUUUCUUUGUAAUCCUCAUUUGUAUGCUUCGGCCGUUGUCAUUUAUUGUGACCUCCCUUUUUAAUCCAGA